UCUCCCGCCCAGCACCACCACCACCAGACCGAAACGAAACGAAACGCUGCUGCCUGCUGCCGCCGUGAUAUACCUGAGACACCAUGACGACCGCUGCACGACCCACAUGGCUCCCUGCCGUCGGUGGAAACACCCUCCGAGACACUGGCAAAGCCCCGCUGCGCCAAGUGAGCUCCCGAGACCUCGCUGCCCACACCAAGAUGAAGCUUCGACAGCCUGGACAGAACGCCCCCGAGGAUCUGGAUCGAGAUGAGAUGCGAUCGAGGCUGCUGGAUGCCGAGGGCAAGCACUUCCAAAAGACCAAGAAGAAGCACAGCCAGGAUGAAGACGACGGGCUCGGCGAAACGUCAAAGCGACAGCGCAUCGAGGAGGCCAAUAUCGAUGCCGACGAUACAGACGACGACUUUGGAGAGUCGGCCGACGAGCGUAGCAAUGACGAUGAUGACGAUGAUGAUGAUAAUGACGACGACGACGAUGACGAUGACGAUACUGCAGAGCUCAUGAGAGAACUGGAAAAGAUCAAGAAAGAGCGACAGGAAGAGAAGGAGCGACAGGAGCGCGAAGAGCGCGAGGUAGAGCAGCGCAAGCGGGAGGAGGAGGCCCUGACCGGAAACCCUCUGCUGGCGUCAAGCUCUUCGUCGCUGUCGCGAUCCGAUUUCAGUGUCAAGAAGCGCUGGGACGACGACGUCAUCUUCAAGAACCAGGCACGCAGCUCAGAGGGCGCGCCAAAGCGCUUCAUCAACGACAUGCUGCGAAGCGACUUUCACAAAAAGUUCAUGAACAAAUAUGUCAAGUAACCGCCCGCUGUGCUUGGUGUGUUCUGGAUUGCUUGCCCAUCCCCAGGAUCGCAUACGCCUCCGCGGGACACUCUCAGUCGUGGAUUGUUUGUUUCAACCUCCCGAGUCCUCGAACAGCUCCAGACGCCGCAUGGCUGUCCACUUGGGACUCACUUUUGGAUCACGCAAAACUGAAUGUAUUCACUGGAUAAAUGACGAAUGGACGCACCAUCGCACGCCAUA